AUGGGGAGCAAACUCUCGGUAAGCCNNNNUUCUGCGGCUAGUAUUCCAGCUGGCACAUUUUCGACGCCUGUUUUUGCCGAUUCCAUUAACUACUUUUGCAUAGAGCUGUGA